AUCGAAAGCGAGGAACACAGAUUCUUCCGUGAACCUGAAAACAGGUUAACAAAAAAACAUCUGGUCGUCUCGUCGUAGUACAGUACCCACUCGUCUCUCUCCAAGUCGGAUUAUGGAUUAGGCUCCGAAACCCACACACACACACGCACACACCUUCACACUUUUCUCAGUUCUCUCACUCACACCCAAUUCCCUCCCACUUCACCUUCUCGCUGGCUAUCACCCCUCUUCCCCAACUACUCCGGCGUGAUCUACGGCCCUGAUUUCAUUCUCUUCUGCUUCCAUCUUCCACGUGGAUUUUGGACCGUCUGAUCACUUCAAUUCUAGGGUUUCCUAAUUUCACCUCCAAAUUUUGGGAAGGGUUGAAAGCCUUAAUUCGUGGGGGUUGAUUCAAGUCCUAGGUCAACUAUGGUAAUGGCACUCUGAGUUGAACUACAAACUCUUGAAUCUACAUAGAAGAGUUUGAGUUCACAUGGUUCCUGAAGGGGAAACUGUAACAGAUGAAGUUGCUUCUGAUAAGUCGCAGCGGAGGGAGAAUUCUAUAAAUGAAACUCAUACAUCACAAGAGACCCCUAGCAGUAGGGUUUCUUCAUUACCUCCCAAUGAAGAAGGAAGGUCUUCCUUUGUAAAACCUGAGCAAGCAACAAAGGUGCAGGACUCUGCAGUACGUGCAAUGUCAUUGAAUCAAGAAGGAAAGUCCUCCACUAUGGUAUUGGAGAAAGCAUCAAAAACCCCUGGGACUUGUGUUCCGGCCUCACAAUCUGGGCAAGAAAGCAGCACUCCUACUAUAAUACGUGAGAAAAUGACAGAAGAUGGAUACAACUGGCGAAAGUAUGGCCAGAAACUUGUUAAGGGAAAUGAAUAUGUUCGGAGUUAUUACAAAUGUACACAUCCGAACUGCCUCGUGAAAAAGCAAUUAGAACGCUCGCAUGAUGGUCAGAUUGUAGAUACUAUUUACUUUGGCCAGCAUGAGCAUCCUAAACCUCAACUUAACAUCCCAGUUGCUGUUGGCUUUGUUGUGUCUAUUGUUGAAGAAAGACGAGAUGAGCCGUCUUUGACCACUGCAGAAGACACCCCAAUGGAUGAGCAUGGCCAGAUGCCUGUUCGAACUGAGCGAGUAGAUGCCCCUAAGAUUUCAAAUGUUGCAGCUAAUGAUAUUGGUCAGGGUGUGCUUGUGCAAUCAAAUAAGAUAAAAGAUGAGGUUUUUAAUGAUGAUGAUCCCGACUCGAAACGACGGAAGAAAGACAAACAAAAUGUCAACUCUAGCUCAGUGGAUAAGCCAACCAGUGAAUCACGCAUUGUUGUUCAGACUCUGAGUGAGGUUGAUAUUGUGAAUGAUGGGUACAGAUGGCGAAAAUAUGGGCAGAAACUAGUAAAAGGCAAUCCAAACCCAAGGAGUUACUACAGAUGCUCAAAUCCUGGAUGCCCUGUCAAAAAGCAUGUAGAAAGGGCAUCCCAUGAUCAAAAAGUGGUUAUAGCCACAUAUGAGGGACAACAUGAUCAUGAUAUACCACCCGUGAGGACUGUAACUCAUAACACAACAGGAUCAAGUGUGUUACAAAUAGCCCAUGAUGAUGAUGCUGGCACCAAAACAGAAGAUGUUGCUGUCUGUCCUCCUGAUAGGGCUCAUAAAACCUCAGAUCAUGAAAGUAAAUCAAAGGAUCAGCUGAAUGGUGAGUUGAAAACUAGAUCAGGAGUAAGUGGAGUUGCUGCUUCUGAUAAGGUAACCAAAUCUUGUUCGGGUGCUGAAACUAAAUCAAACGAGCAACAAAAUGGCAAGCCAGUCAUCUCAGAGGCAAGUAGUCCUGUUAAGGUGGUUGAGCAUUCUAAUUCAGCCGUUGUAAGUAGACCAAAUGAUCAGGUAAAAGGAGAGACAAGAAAUAAAUUAGAAGGCAAUGCUGUCUGCCAUGAUAAUCUGGGUCCUGAGAGUAAGAUAAGUGAGCGGCAAAAGCCAAAUGCAGAACCAGUUCACAGCUGAACACAUGGUGCUGUAUCUACAUGAGGCCUUAAAUGAUGGCAUAUGUUGACAUGGAUUUGGGCAGGCAUGUUGGUGUUAUGGUUUCUUUGUCUUAUUAAUUUUCUUUCUUUAAUUUAUAUUUUAUUUCUUCUUUCUCUUUUUCCUGGGGGGCGUUGUAGUGGGUGAGUAGGUGGAAAUGCCAAAUAAUAUCAGAAGGCAGAUUGGAAAAUGUAUGAUCAGGUGUGUAAAUUAUUUAUAUGGUCAAAUAAAUUCAAAGAUGUAGAUUUUCAGUAGUAACUUAAUAAUUGAAGCUUUUGUAGUCCCUAGCUAAUUGCAUAAA